CAGCAAUGUGAAGAAGAGAUGCUUCAAAUGUUUCAUGGCCCAUGAAAAGACCUUCCGAGUGCGAGCAUGCAACGCCCAAACUUGUGGAUACACAGCAGGCGGGAAGGGAUGCCUUGCAGUUGGAGGAUGUGAAGUCGUUCUACACUCUGCUCAACCACCGAGAGGCUAUCCGAAAAGGCCGCUUGGAGGGCCUGCAUGGCCGCCACCUUUACGACACCUUGACGGAGGAUGCCGGUGGAUUCGCUGAGUACCUGCGGCGAUACAAAUCCACCAACGUGCACCGAUGGCAUGAUGCCACCACCAAGGGCUUGCAUGCGUUUUGUGCCGCGGAGAAGCGACGGGUUUUGUGCUGCAAAUCCAAAAGAGACGAGGAACAGUUGAAGCAACAACUGGUUUUGAACUUCGCAGUGUGGCGCUUCAUCGGUGGAACGGUGGCCUUUGCAGGCGAAGUCGGUUUCCUGAGAGACUGGGGAGACAGAGAAAAAGACCUCAUUCGAAAGGUGAUCCAAAGAGGGUUUGAAGACAAGCGGCUCCCAACCUUGCUGUCAAAUGCAUACAGCUGGCCUCGCAAAAUGCGAGAGGCUUUGACACGUGGACAUGUCGAUGCUGACACCCUGACAAUGGUACUGCGCAAUGAAGGGAAAAAGAUGUUGAAAGGCACAGCCGUAUAUGACGUCACUUUGGUCGGAAAGUUCAACACGCUUGACCAGUUGUGGAAGGUUUCCAAGCAGGUCGUUGAAGCAGCCAAGUGCAACCAAGAUGGUCGCAGCAGCAUGGAGCGGGUGGCGGCCGUUUUGCUUGACGUCCCCUAUUUCGGCAAUGGCCAGGGCGUCCAACGUCGGCCCUCGUUUUUUGCGAAGGAGUUGAUCCAAGAUCUGUUGGAUACCCCGGUUUUUCAGGGAGGCAGAACUCAAGUCGAGGACCACUUCACCUUUUGCCCUGUGGGGCCUGGAUCCAUCAAGGGCUUGCAACUAGUGUUUAGGCGAACCGAGAUUCAGCCUUCAGAAACCCUGCCAAUGAUGCAGGCACUCUGGAGCUAUGCAGGGGACUAUUUUCACGGCGAUCCUGAUGCACUUGAACUCCACGACAUUCAAUUCCAACUUUGUGAGUACCAAAAGAAGUUCAACACGUGUUCUCAUCGGCUGUAUUCCGCUGUCAGUGAUGAUGACCCUGGUGGGCCCAUGUUACAUUGGACACGGGACUUCAUUUUGCAACGCCUCCAGGAGAUGCUGUAUUUGACAGAAAAGCUUUUAACGGACUUCGAGACAGAUCCAACACCUGUGAGGAGCCUCGCCAAGGAGCUCUGCACUUGGUUGGGUCUUUCCUUUCGUCCAAGUGGGUCCACCGCCUUAAUUCAUGGCGACUUGGUGGUUCUCCAAGACGUGAAGAGCGAAGAAUACUAUUCCACAACCGCCAACGGAAUGCUGAUCAAGGUGUGCAACCCGUCAGACGCUGCAAGAUUCCGUGUCACGAUCGACGAGAAGAGGCUGGGCCCGCUGGGGCGCAUCAGCUUCGGAGAUGCGAUCUUUCUGGAGACGGGCCGUUGCAAGCAGCUGUCAUGGUGGACGCGCAAAGGCUGUUUUGCAGCUAGGGUAGACAAACGGUUUGCUUUAAGUAACCGCUUGACCUUGGAACCCAUGAAGCCCAGUGAGCAGUGGGAUGAACCUUACGUGCAGCUGAAUGAACCGGUCAAUUUGAAGAUGUUCGUUGAAUCAACGGGUCAAGGCCAGCAGGAAAUCCCCAAGGAACCAAUUCGCUUAAGCAGACCCAUGGAGGUCUCUGAGCGAGAAGAACACAUCAUGAACAUCGCACAAAGCUUGUGGAGUGAACUGCGAAAGCGCAGACGGACACGGAAGUAGAAGA